AUGAGGAAAGAAUGCACCGAAAAUAGGUGGGCAUAUGGUAAGCCGCUGCCAAUUUCCAGACUCUUAUCUCGUAUGGCUCUCAAAUUACAAAUUCCAACACAGCGUUACGGUCGUAGACCGUUUGGUGUAGGUAUGCUGGUCGCAGGUUACGAUGAGCAAGGCCCUCACAUAUAUUACCUGUGUCCUUCGGCCAAUGCCUAUGAUUGUAAGUGCUUUGCUAUCGGGUCGAGGUCUCAAUCUGCACGAACUUAUCUCGAGCGCCAUGUCACCGAACUUCCAAUUACAAGCUUAAAUGAACUUAUUACUCAUGGUCUUAAAGCUCUACAUAGCACUUUGCCUAAUGAAAUAGAGAUAACUUCUAAGGCUUAUGUAACCAGUACUCAGGUUAGCAGUUGGUUGUUCACAUCAGAGUAUUUGGCUACUCGUCGUCAGGAGUGCAAUCUUGAGGCUCGAAAGCGUCUUCUUUUAAGUGCGCAUGAUAAAAAGGCGGAUCAGGAUGAAGAUGUUGAUACUGGAGAUGAUCCUGAAGUCCAUGAGGGUUUGUCUCCAGAGGAUGAGUUGAUGAUUGUCCAGCGUUACGUCUACCUGAUGAAGGCACUCUUCGACAAAUUUACAAGUCCUGCUCUUCCCAUUGAUUCAUGA